UUUAAAGGCCAGGGACGUUCAGUUUCUCUUCCGUUUCGGAAACUACAAACAUCUCCCAAAAUCUCUAUAGUCGACCGAAAGCCACACUACAAUUUUAUGUCCGUUAUGAAAAUGCAACAAGGAGUGCCGAGUUUGGCUGUCUGUAUAGCCAUUGUGGAAUGUAUACUGAUAUGCAAUUGCGCGGCAUGGGUCAUUUUCGAUCCUGUCCCACCGCCGCGGAAAACCGACAGCAGCAUUAAGGACAAACAGAUCUUGCGGAUAUGGACAGCUCUACUGCAGUCCCUGCCGAAAAAUAACACCUCACAGUCGCAGAUAGUGUUGAAUCCCACCAAUGCCAAUCAACGCCAACGUAAUCACGUGCUGUUACGGGCGGCCAGUGAGUUUCUAGCAAAGCAGAACCCCAAGUCCCCUUCGCUUUACUUCAGUCCGCCACAAAUGUUAUAAUAGCAUGCAGGAAUUACGAUGUCGGGAUUCCUAAUCCGCAGCAACCUUUCAGUGGCUGGUUUCCUUGACCUCCAUUAAUAUGGGCCUUCAAACCGGUCGUCAACAAACCUCCGUCAUGUGACAAGAGCGCAUCAUAUAUGGUCCUUACCGUAGCCCUAUAGUGAUUCCAGUUAUAACAUUGUAAAUUGGCCAUCUAUCUUUUUGGCACAAAAUUACACAUGCUUUUUAACUCUACUGAGACGUUCGGUAGAACAGAAAUCAUUUUGUUUUUUAGUCAUGCGUUAGGGGAUUAUUCCACCUGAAAUUCGUGCUAAAAUAAAGCAUUGACACGUAACCUUUUUUGUGCUUAAAAUAAUGCAUGAUUGUUAGUCCAUGUUAAUUUAUAAGCAAUUGAUUCAUGGGUCCAGAUAUUACAGUUUGCAUCAGCGACAGCAGCCUAAUA